AUGGUGAUGAACAUGAUGAUGAUGGAGAUUAGAGAAGAAAACGAUGGUUGCUGUACGCCGAAACGCUGCGAGUUUCGGAUACCGGAGUCGGUGGCGCCGCCUCCCGCGCCGAAAAAGAAGGCGUAUUGGGCGGGGAAGAAGAAGCCGCAGCCGCCGAAGAACGGGUAUUUCAACCCGCCUGAGCUUGAGCUGCUGUUUGCAGUAACUCCAACACGCCAAGCUUUGGAUUAA